CAAUAAAAACUGCGUCGACGACCAAGACGACCACGGUAAAUGUAUGUAUUUCGAAUAGAAUCGGAUUUAGUUCAUCCGUGGAUUUUCGAAAAAAUACAUUCGGCGAAAUGGUGCGGUGGUUUGCUUUUCAGAUUCAGACGGUUAAAUUUCGGGGUUGAAUUUUUUCUGAUGUCUUUAUUGCUGCCUAUUCAACGCAUUUAAAGUAAAAAAAAAAAAUAAAAACGAAGAAAACAUUCUCAAGUGAAUGGAAUUAAUCUUCUCUCAUGUUUCGCAUAAAUUGCGACCGGAAGUUGCUCAUACGCAAAGAGUAAUACUAUUUAACUUAAUUUACGCGCAGUUUUAUCUUUGCAGCCGAUGGGUCGUCCCGUCCGUCAUCGUUGUCAGCUGCAAAUCUUCACACACACAAAAAAAAAAGUAAAAAACCAGUCGGUUUUGAAGAAGUACCUAUAAUAAAUAAAAAAUAAGGUUCAAGCAUUGUAUACUUGUGGGGGUGCGUGUUAAAUCGCAAAAUCGCAUAAAUAAUGUUAAUAAUCGCAUUCGCAUCAAGAUUUGCGUCAACACUUUGCUUGCAAAUACAACAAAUUGUUUCGGAGUAAAUACACCUAAAAGGAUAGAUAUAUCUUCUUCUAUCAUAUCGAAAACGGAGGGUCUGUUUCUCGGUUGGUCGGGUCUGCGAGUCUCGGGUCGUUCAAGAGGAUAAAGUAGUGAAUUGAGAGUUGAGUGAAUGUCUGGGAUUUCAAUCCCUUAAGUUUAAAACAAAAAUAUUUAAUUUUUUUUUUAAUAUACAUUGCAUACUUUUUGGAUUAUUUGGCACAAAUAUUUUUGAUGGAGGAUAUAUAUUUGAUAAAUUUUCAUCAUUCUCACACGUAGGCUAAAGCCACGUGGAUAUUGUGGAGGCAAAAAAAACAAGGAGAUACGUUUUUAAUAUCCGGUGCCAAAGUACACAUAAAUGUUAGGUGCACAAAUAAAAAUGUUUAUAUUUGUAAAGAAAAAAAAUCAACCUUUAAGCUUUUAGCUAAAUACACAUACAUAUAUACAUAAUAUCAAAGUGAAAUCGAUUUUUGUUUUGUAUUGUUUUCAAAAAAAGUCCAUAACUAAAACAAAACAAAAAAAAAAAAAAGUCGCAAGACAUUCGGCAACAUUCCAUUUAACAAAAUUCUAAGUAAAAAAAAAUAUAUUAACAACAAAAAUAAAAAAAAACAACAUCACACAUAAUUUAAAAUAAUAUCAUUAUGGGCUGUGGACAGAGUAAAAUACAUCUUUACCCCAGAAAAUCGAAGAGCAAGGCAAAUGGAAAGAAAAGUGGGCACGUUGAUACAGAUACAGAUGCUGACGAAGAAGAAGGGCACGUUGAAGAAGGCGAAAGUGAACUCAACAACAGAGACCGAAACGAUAGGACUGAAGAUCUACUUGACCAAGGGGACGAUGGAAGAGAUUCAUCCGACCAACCCAAUGGAGAAAUAUCGGUUUCACUGCUUCGAGCAAAAAACUUAUCACUUUUACAAAGCCAGGAAAUCUCUUCAAGUCAACAGAACUUUUUUCGAAUGCUUGAUAAAAAAAUCGAUGAAGGUCCUGACUACGACUCGGCUAGUGAAACUGAAAUCGCACUGGAAGAGGCACGUUUGAAUGCUUUAGUCCAGCAUUGGGAAUCGGCCAGCCUGACUGCAUCGAUGUGUUCAUCAGCGAGUCGAUCGCUGCAAACUACACCUGUAAGACAAGUGCCAACUAGGCAACCACCGCCUCUUGUAAGGACACUAGUCCAGAAUUCCAUGCCACAACAGCCGUUAAGCGCUGACCUUCUACCUCAUGGUGCAACUGCACCCCAGCAGGGAUUGGUAAUGGUUGGGCCACCACCUAGUGUGAUAGCCCAACAACAACAACAGCAACAACCUGGAAUGCCACCCAACCAGCAAUUAAACCAAAUUAUUGGUAUGGGUGGAAUUGUGAUGGGAGGUGUUUCGCCUUCGCAGUCACAAAUGCUGGCCAAGGUAAAUCUCAGUCCUAAACGUGUAGAUCCCCGGGCAAUGAUGCAAUUGAACCAAAAUGCUCUUCAACAAGCAUACGCUAUACCACCGUCGCCGCAGCAAGCAGCUAUGAGUACGGGCCGCCCACCGCGUUCACCUCAAGUUUCGGUAGGACCAAGUCCAGUUGGUGGUCUUACCACUCAUAUGCACAUGGGCUAUUAUGGACCACCACAGCCAACGCAGUCAACUUAUUUUGGAGAAGUACUUCAUCCUAUGCAGGUACCUCAAGCACCCCCCGAAUACCGAUUUCCACCUGCGAUUAGUGUUCAACGUCUAGCACCGCAAGUGCAAAGACAGCUGCGCGAAACACAGGAAUUAAUAAAAGACUCUUGUCCGCAACUAUAUGCGGCUGGCUAUGGAAGCCCGGGUCCUCCAAUGCGGAAUCAGCCUAGAAAUGCAGCAAGGAGGCCCACCCUGGAGACUCAAUUUUCCCAGGAGUUAUCGUGAUAUCUAGAUUAUUAGUUCAAAUUGUAAAAAAGAAAAUACCAAAAAAUCAACAGUUAUCCAUUUCAUUCAUCCCUAUUUAUCCUUAUUAUAUACAAUAAUUUUUUUUAAACUUUAAGCGUACAUCCAGGCGCUUAAAGAAUGAAAAAUUCACUGUAAUUGUAAUGUACGUAGGUACCUAACAUAAUUCAUGUAUUUUUUUUUUUGUUUUAUUUUACUCAAAGAAAAAAAAUUACUAUCCACUAUUUUGAGGGGUAAGGGUGUGUAGUUUUUAAUGUAAGCAAACAAACAAACAAACAAAAAUUGCCUAAUUUUAAGUAAGAUAAUAAUAAGUGGAAUAAAAGAGAAAAAGAAACAAAAUACAAAAAAAAAAACAGGGUUGAGAGUCACAAUUACACUUUAAACAUUAAUUCAUUGAAUGUAUUUUUCUUGCUUUUAAUGUAGUCCAGUCAAAAUAGAUUUUUAAUUUAACAAAUAUAAAUAACACAGGAAAAACGUUUAAACUGCAAAGCCUGUGUCAAUCUGACACUGACACAAGCAAGGAUCUUCAAGGUCAAAUAAUGUCAAAAAUAUCAAUUCAAUUGAACUUUUGAAAGGCUAAUAAUACCUAUUAGACCAGUGCCGAUGCCUUCAAAAACAUUAAAAAGUACAACAAAAUCAUAGUAGGAUGAAACCCAUUGGAAAAGGAGGUGAAUAUGAUGAAAAUUAAAGGAAAAAUAAAUUACGGGCGAGCCGAGUUCGGGAAGUGGGUGCGUUGAGUUUUUAAUGGUAAAAAAUGGUAUAUCUCGAUUUCCGGCAAAACUACAAGUCCUAUAGAAAAAAGUUGUAUGACAAAGUUGUAGGUAAUAAAAAGAUCUACAACUUUUGUGUCAACAAUUU